GUCCAAACUGAGUCCUCUGGAUGUCUCUCCUGUUUGACUUUGAGGGAUGAGCAUUCCAAUUUUGUGAGUCAAUGCGUCUUUCUAUCUUUUCUCUGAGUGCUUUCUGGUUGUGAAGAUAAUACUGAAUUGUUUGAGUGAGGUAAAUGCAAACCGACAUAAAAUUGUCGGCUCAUCCUGCUCCAUUUUUAUAUCUUCUAGGCCUGCAGAACUCUAAUUCUGAAGAUCUUUGAUAGAUCUUUCAUGUCCCUCUCCAAUAUUGUGUUUUCGUCGAUUUUCGAAGACAUUAUCGUUACUGGUUUAGUUUUUAUCAAGAUUAGCUUGUUAUUCAUACAACAUCACAAUUCGACCUUCCUCGACAACGUGUUGGGGUAUUUUCAUUCUAUGCCUUACCUGUGUUUGUUGAGGUUCCUUCCUGUGAAGCUUCUCGAGCUUGAUAUUCGCUCAUUUCGAUUUCAUACAUUCCAAAAUCUUGAAUGGUAGACACCAUUCCUCUUAUCUGGAGAUAAACAUAAAGAUCGGCUUAUUUUUUCGAUUCUUUACAUCUCAUCAUUCAACGGAAUAGAUUUGUUGUUGUUAGCAUUAGCAUCAGCCACAAAAUCAUAAAUUAUUAUUUACUGUCGCUCUCGUCCCUGUCCCGAGCUGCAAGAUCAAGAUGUCGUUGAUGUCGAAUGCUACAGUUGCGCUGAGCGCCCUCCAGUGCUCGUUGGACGAAGAAUGUUUGUGCGGGGCGACAACCGCAGGCUACUGCGGCUUCAAAAAGCCCGCCGAUCCUACUAUUACCGACUUCUUAAUGGUCGUUGUGCUAGUUAUGCUCAGUGGUUUGUUUUCGGGAUUGACGCUGGGUUUGUUGGGUCUGGAUCUCUCCGGCUUAGAGGUUGUGAUCAACGGAGACGAUCCGCAACAAGCUGAAUAUGCGAAGAAGAUCUAUCCGGUACGGAAGCAAGGCAACCUGCUGCUGUGUACUCUGCUUCUGGGAAACGUCAUGGUGAAUGCGGCCUUGGCGAUAUUCAUGGGAAACAUGGCUGGUGGAUUCGUCGGCUUCCUUGUAUCCACGGCAGUAAUUGUCAUCUUCGGCGAGAUUGUUCCACAAUCAGCUUGUUCCCGCUACGCUCUGGUUGUAGGCGCGUAUACGAUUCCGAUAGUCUACGUGAUUGGCCUAAUACUCUUCCCGGUUUCCUUUCCGAUUGCGAAAUUGCUCGAUAUACUCCUGGGGGAAGAGAUCGCGACAACCUACUCCCGAGCAGAGCUGAUGUACAUGCUGAAGCUGCAGGUACAGAGCGCGCAACUGACCGGGCUUGAGGAGGACUUGCUGCAGGGUGCUUUGUCUUUCCGAACGAAGAAGGUGACCGAGAUCAUGACGCCACUGGAUGACGUCUUCAUGCUGCCUUUCACCGCGGUUCUAGACUACGACACAGUAGCGCUGGUUUGGAAAGCCGGCCACUCCAGAGUCCCAGUAUACAAGAAGAAUCGCAGCGACGUCGUCGCAAUUCUCCUCGUGAAGGAUUUGAUUUUGGUCGAUCCUGCGGAUAAAGUGCCGUUGGCAGAAUUUCUCAUGCUAUUCGCUCGGAGCUACUUACGCUUUUCCGAAGAGCACACGUGCGGCUUCGCGCUCGGACUCUUUUCGGGAGGAGUGGGACACUUGGGCUUCGUUUUUGCGGAACAACCAGAACAAGCGCAAGGGACGGAGCGAAAGAUUCUCGGUGUCUUCUCGCUCGAAGAUGUACUAGAAGAAAUUUUGGGCUACGAAAUACGUGACGAAAAAGAUAGAGAGAUAGAAAAAGUAACGGCAGAUACUCUACCCGGUCUCCUUAAGGCAAGACUUGGGGGCGCCGCUGUGCUGGGUCUUGAAGACACGAGGCUAAUUGGGGAUAAAGUUGCAGAUUUUAGUCAGCUCGAUGUUGAAAACGACAAGCCGAAUGAUGCCAACAGACAACAUACCACGACCAGACCAAAACUACACCAGAUGUUUACCAAAGAAUUUUUGCAGGUUGCGCUAGACGAGCUGCAAGAAGGUGACGAUCAGCCGAAGAGAAAACAGGUUUCUACCGCUGCUUUAACAUCCGUCGAACCGAAUCCACCACGUGGUACCAGUGCAACAUCUGCCUUGGGGAGUCUCGUCGUGUCGAAAACACCUGGAUGGGUCGAGCAAGGCGGGCUUUUGGAUCCGAUGGCUCUACGAAUGCUGAACAAAGGCUUGGGAACCUCGCCACUCACUGCGCCCGAGAUCUCCUUCCUUACUGCGCACCUUCGAGAGAACUACCCAGGGCCGGAGUUGAUGUUUUCAAACAAACUACCCCGAGGAGGUUCUGCUCUCAACACCAACACUAACAUGACGAGUUCGAGGAUGUCAAACCAUGAUGUGACAGGAAGUCCAAAUACGCCGUGGCGGUUCCAGAAUCGUCCCACAGGAGAGGGAUGGAUCUCCCAGAAGGCGUUACACUGGCUUCUGGCAACUGCCGCUACGGUGGAAGUCAGAAAGCGGUCGGUCAGCACCGCGGCAGUUCCGCAAGACCAGAAUGACUGGCUCUUGCAGGCGGGACAGGAAUCAAAAGCAGAAGUCAUUGUCGUCCUUUCAGGCGUGAUUCGAAUGAUGUACUGCAGCAUGAUGGUGCCCGAGGGAGUCGACGGCGCGUUUGGAAAUGGAGGAAAUUUCGCCGCACAAUACAACGUAUUUCCCUCGCUAGAACAAGAGUGUGGACCUUACACCGUGUUGGGGAUAGAGUCCGUGUCGGUGACCAUUGAACGACAUCGCGCGCCACCAUCAGCAGCCACAAAGCUGAACGAGUUACGCCAGUUCUCACCAAGCAAGAAGAUCAGUACUCAAUCGAAGACCCUGCUUGUUGCGGCACCGACAAGAAUAUCAAAAAAUCAAGAGCAGGAGGCUCUCCUGUUUCUACCUGAUAACGAGGAUGGCGAGAUCGCUCCUACAGAGAACGAAGAUAGGGGCCGAACUACAGCAGCUGCCUCCCCAUCCCGUUUACCUUGUAGUAAGAGAAAAGAUUUCACAUAUGAAUAUGAUCAAAACGAGGCUACUACUCGUGGAGGUCGUGGUCGAUCAUAUGACCAGGGGAUGCGUACUAAUAGAGGUAGAAGUCUAAGCAACAGCAAGGUCAGAGACGCCGCAAAGAAGAGCAGGGUCGCGUUCAAUUUUAGUGCUAUCUCUGACGAGGCGCGUCGGUCUGGUAGUAUAGCCCAGCGUCCCGGAGACAGCGUUCCUGUCGCGGUAAACGCCGCCGGCGCUGUACUGGAUGAAGAUUUUCCCGAACGUGCAUCUACGUCGCCGCAACCUUCAUCUGCCCAGUUGAACAAAAUGACGACCGCUGCAGCAACGCUCUCCGUUGAUGAGGGUCUUUUGAAUGUAUAUCAGAGCACUAACGUAUGGCGACCGCACAUUUCUGCCUGGUUGGCGUCGGACGAAGUCUGCUUUGUUCGGAUUCCGGCAGCUGCGUACGCUCGAGCUAUCGCCCUGGACGCGGCGGAUGCUGUUCCGCUUUUGGAUGCCGAGUUCGCACAUAGUCUAGACGUUCUUCAUCGUGCGCGCCGUCUUCGCUCCCGCCUGCUCACGAAGAUGAGUGCAGCCUCCACCUCGGCCGGCCAGCAACACACGAGUGGUUCUAUUGGUAUAGGUCCAAGAGGUGCAGCAUCUUCGCAAGGAUCAUCACAGCAAUUACCGCACGGCCUUGCUGUUGACAACUUCCGACCUGCCAUCAAGAGACCAGGAAAUCCGGUCAACAGAGCAGCAAGUCCGGUCAACAGUAAGGAAAACAUUCCACGAAUUGGAGCGGGCUUGAUGUCAGGGGAACCAGACACCAGCACAACCUUUGUUUCGGGGCUUACAGCCCCCUCUCAUGCCCGUCAUCGUCCUCGAGCAGCGGCAGGGGAAGGAGAGGCUUCUUCUAUGGAUAUUGAAACUGGAACAACAAGUAACGAGGCUCCUCUUCGUGAAGAAGACGUUCGCGUGGAUAUGAAAGAAGCCAAAUCUCAGUCUCCUCCAAUUGAUAGCGGCAGAGGAACAGCAAGGGCAAGUUUGUAUGCGAAGCUGAUGAAGCCACCUGGAAAAACCAUGCACACUAGCUUGGACGGAACGUGGACGGUUGUAAAUGAGCAAAAUAAGAAAUAAUACCGUCUACUACUUUCGCGAGGAAGAUGAGCAGGAUGUGUUCGUGUUGAUCCUGCGACUGCGAUUAUUAUAUGAUUUGUAAAUACCAGCAUGCACCAUCAAGUGGAUGAAAUAUAAUAGUUAGAACUAGUUCUUGUCAACUUCAUACCUUUUAACCUGAAUUACGGCAAUUCCAAUUCAAUUACCAUUUCUUUGCACUAUGUAUGAUUAUCAUGAUUAUCAUGCUGCUAAUAAAAUAAAGGUGACAACUACUAUACCUAUUGUGAUGGCCAAAAAUUGUCUUCCGAAGUAGAAGCCUAUGCAUCUCUUGUACUUCAAAAUGAAUAAUAGUAUCGAAUGAAAAAUGAAAUAAUGGAAAUCCAAGAAGUAGACUUUGGCUGCCAUUCGGUCCCUACGUAGAUCACGAAUGAUCAUAACAGAGGCACACAGACUUUGGUUAUGACGAGGAUUUUUAAUGGUAUGAUGGAUUCUCGAAAAAUACCUGUGAGUCGGUUUGCAGUUGAAUCUUGAACAGUACUCUUGAUUUGAGUGCGUAGGCAUAUAAAACCACUUUGGCAAAUGAUAGAGGAAGAUCCAAUUUGGAAAAUGUGAAUACUAUUUGUUUUUAGUAAUAUUCGCAAUGAUUAAUGAUAACCGACUCGAACGACAUGGACCACUCUGGAGACGAGAAUGUUACUUAGAUAGGCAUGGUAAGAUGAACAGAUUUUAUUGGAGAUGUACAUUAACAUUAUGGCAUUGGGAUUUUGUUGCUUGAGCAUGGUGGAAGGCCGAUACAGCCACAAUGAGCGUCGUGUCUUUGGUCUACGAUACUCAUGUAAAAGUGAAAAU